AUGCCAGAGACAUUGUCUAAAGCUCCAUCGGAUGUGCAACAAGAUCAAAACGAUAUAGCUACUGCAACACCCCCCGUCUCUAACACCGCUGCCGAGAAUCUUGAACAAAUACAACGUGCGAAUAUACUCAAGACUGCACGCAUCCUGAUGUCGAUACCCGGAAUCUGGUUCUGCUUUCUCUCCUUCCUAUUGAAACGUAUCGCUUUCUCAAGCGAGAACCUGAUAUAUCAAUACACCUCCGAGGUUCUGAAACAGCGUCUGGACGAAGUGGUCUGGACAUGUGUUACUCUGGGGAUUGGCGAAUCACUGAUGACUGUCAUCGUGCUUCCCUCUGCAUCCCGCAUCCUUGCGAAACGAGGCUUUGCCGCUCAAUCCAUCAAUCUUUGGGUGAUUCGCUUUAGUCUCUUUGUCGUCAUCAUCGGGUUCAUCGUCAUGUGGCUGGCCAUACAUCCGAUUCAGAUUGGCACUGCUUUACUGCUUUGUGGCAUGGGCGAAGGAUUGGAACCCUCCAUCGAGGCCCUCGCCUCUUCAAUGGUUCACCGAGCAUUGAAUGCUGAUCUCGUUGCAUUCUUUUCUGUCAUCGACACGAUCGCCAAGAUCAUCGGUGGACCUGUCAUGGCAGCAAUGUUGUCUAUUCGUGACAACGAUGGCGUGUCGUUCGGCGCUUGUUUCCUGCUUUCGGCGGGUCUGUUUGUUACGUUGUGGGCACUCAGUUGGACAUUGUCCUGGAAGAAGAUGGAAGAUAUUUCCAAAGAAACGGAUGCAAAACGCACAAAAAAGAAUCUGCCGAGGGAACAUCCAGACAACAUCAAUACACUAUAUAGAGACACAUAA